UGAGAAAUUACUUUAUUAAAAACCUUACAUCAGGCAAUUGGAUAUUUGAGCUGUGAAUCUUUGUUGUUUUUCCUUAGCCCAGAUACUUUCAGGGUGAACGGUAUUUUGCUGUUCAAAAAAGGACUUAAAUGUUCAAACAGAACUAGUAACUUUUUAAUGAUGGCUGAAUUUACAACAAAUAGAAUAACAUCCACAUCUUUUGAGAUGAGGACAGCUUCUGCAGUGCUAUCUUCUUACACAAGACUUAAACACAGAAAAGAAGGAUUCUACAGUCGACAGGCACUUAAAGAUGAGGGGAAAAGGAUGGGAGCGAGCACCAGGAACCAUCAGAAUGUGGGCAAAUCCCAACAGUACCCUGUGAAUGCAGCACGGGAACGGAGCAGGGUUCAAAAUUUAAGGCAGGCGUUUCAUAAUUUGCAAGCAGCUUUGCCUUCAGUCCCACCUGACACAAAGCUGUCAAAACUGGACAUCCUAAUACUGGCUGCAAAUUACAUUGCUCAUCUUACCCAGACCUUGGACCAAGGAAACAACGUGGUAGAUCAUGUUCAACCAUUGAGAAUGCAGGGCUAUCUUCACCCUGUCAAGAAGUGGCCAAUGCGCUCCCAUCUGUAUUCUGGUGCCGUAGGAGAAUUCCUAUCUGGAGUUUAUCCAAAGCAGAAGGACAUCGCUUCUGGAGAGCAGUGUGAAAGGGCAGCGCCCUGAUGAAGGGACAGUUUACUCAUAUUGUUGUAUGCUGGUGUCUUUACUUUGAUACCAGUGCUACCAGUCAUUGAACUGAGGUGUUAAAGUUCAUAUAAGUUUGGCUUAACAUCUUCUCUGUUGAGUGCUUCAGUAAAUAUACCAGACCAUACUUCUUCACUGAUUUCAUGUAAAUAUUUAGAUUCAGGUUGAAGGAAGUGAUGCGAGAUACCUCAGCCCCCCUUAGAUUUUGUUUUCAUGUAAAAAGUGACCAGUGAUUAUGUAUCUGAGAGAUUACACAAGGAGAGCCUAAGAGUUCUGGGUUCAAAGCCUGGCUCAGACAUUUUGUGUGAAAUUUGACAGUUCUCCUUGUGUCAGUUUCUUUUAGUAUUAAAAAGACAUGUGGGUUAGCUUGACAGGCGACUCCACAUAGGCCCUUCAUGACCUGGAACUUCACUAAGAGUCAGUUUCCGACUUAUUCCCAGUGAUGCCCCUUCCAACACUAUAGUAGAAUAAGCAAGUUUGGACAAAUAGAUGGACAGAUAGAUAUAUAAUUGCUCAAAAUCAUAAUUGUAAUUUAGGCAGGAUAUUUUUACAUUUUCUUACUAUUGUUUAAUAUUCUGUACAACAUGAGUGAAAGAAAUAGGUAAUCUUUAAAGCCUGAUCUCAUAACAGCAAUGAAGUAUACAUUAGAUAUGUAUUUAUUAUAUAUUUCAUUACUUAUACUCUCGUCAGUAGCUCCCAUUACAGUUUAUUCUUACAUGGUACAAAUCCUUCAUGCUUUGAGUCAGAAAUAAUGGACUCAUUUUAUUUGAACAAGAAACAAAGUCAGACAGUUCAUAGCAGGCAAAGUAGUAAAAACAAACGUAUACUGCAUUUUAAUCAAAUGGAGAUUAAUGAGUGACAUGACAGAAGUGUUUUAAAAUAUGAAGGGAGUUAGUAGGGUGGAUGGCAGCUGUUACUUUAAAAUGAAUUCGUAAAAAAAAACCAAAACAAGACAUGGAGUCACAGACAGAUGCCAGGUAAUGGUACCUUUUGUACAUAAAUUAGGAAUUCUUUGUUCACAUAUGAAUAUAUGGCAUGGAUUGCUUAGCAUUUUGCUCCUACACCUGAAACUAUUUUCGUAUAGUACCCUUCAUGGAGCGCACACUCAGAGCAGACUCUUGGAUAUGUUAGAACAUGAGCAGUGUUGGGGUCCCCUGCCUGUUAUUGUUUUUUUAAUUUCCUAGUAAGUGCAGCAUGCUGCAUGAUGAUAAAAUUUUCAGUUUGGAUAUGUAUCAUAUAAUAAUGUCGACCACAGCACAGAAAGAUAUAUGUAACAUUAGGAUAACCUUGUGCUGCAGAGUAAAUGUUUUGUAAUAUUAGUCUGCAUUGCAUUGCAGACUAUGACAUAUAUAAUCUUUUUUGAUAUAGUGCCUUUCUACUUCACAAGAUAUAGCACAAAUGC